ACCCGGUCCAGUCCCAUAAUCUUUAUCCUCUUUUCUUCAAGAACCUACGUGUACAACCAUCCAAGAACAAGAAUACAACGUACAACAACAAUUCCCAGCUUCAGUGAAAAAACAUUCAAACCCACCGACCCAUUCGACCGAAAUCCAUCCAAAUCAACCCAUUUUCCCCCGAUUCCCCUUAUCUCAACCCGCAUCCAACCCAUUUUCUUCUUCCUCUUCACAGUCACAUGCUUUUCCACACGAUUUUGAUAUGAAAUCUUGUAGAAAAAGGGUGAGGUGUUACCCCCAACGUCCAAAUUCCAUGAUUUUUGGGAUAACGCGUAUGAAUUCAUACCUGUUUGGCAAAUUUUCGUUGGUUCUUGGGAAAAUGAUCCAUUUCCCCUAAUGGUUGUUGGACAUCUGUUGAAAAUCCAUUCAAGAAAAUCAAUAGAGGUACAAUUUGUGAGUAUUACCCUCUUUUGAAUUCAAAAACGAACCCUCAACGCCCCCCUUUUAUAAAUAGCUCUCAUUAGGUCUGAAGAGACGAGGAAAUUUUUUAUUUCUUUGGGGAUUUUUCUUUAUUUUGGUAACUAUUACUAGGCUUAGGGUUGAAAAAAUUAGGGGAGAAGAUUGGAGGUUUGAAGAAGGAGAAAUCUUUAGGUUGGAUUGAAAGGCUAGCUCGAAAGUUGGGGUAUGGGAAUUCUGAAAAUAAGAGUUUGUUUUUUCUGCUAAAAUUUUCUUGUCCAUUUUUCUGGGAAGCUAGUCGAUCAAUUGGAGAGUUUCCGAAUCGACAAUACGAGCUCCCAGUAGGGACGAUUUUGCUGAUAGCUUGAGUCACGUUUUCUGCCACGAAAUAGAUAUAGCUCAAUUGCAUUCCCGUGAAAAGUUUAAGAUGGUCACCAAACCUGACGAUAACCUGAAACUAUGGUGGGAUUACAGGGGUACAGAAGAGAGAAAGAUUGUUAGAACACACAUUGGGCAUCUUCCUUCUUUGAUCGAGAUGAACGCUUGGCCCGAAAUGAUCCAUGUACUAACAACUUUUUGGGAUGAUCAGAACAUGGUAUUUCGCUUCGGGGAUGUUGAAUUGACCCCCACCAUUGAAGAGGUAUUGAUUUGCUACGAGAGCACGGAAAUGUGUUUUAAGAGAAAGGAGACACCGAAUAAGAAUAUUUUAGUCCCGGAUGUGUAGGAUCGUCAAUAGAUCAGGGAAGCAUUUUUAACUGAUGACGACACCUGGCUAGGAGAACGGGAUGGAGUAAAUAUCACUUUUUGUGAGUUGUACCAUCGGUUCAUAAGAUUCAACUCUUUUCACAAAUUUAGGCAUAAAUUGGAGACGGAAGCAAAAUGGAAGGAAACGAGAGCUUUUGCAUUCGCGGUAGGCCUACUUGGAACCAUGGUGUUCCCGCAGGGGGAAAAUGGCACAAUUCGUUCGAGGGUUGUAACAGUGACCCAUGCACUCUUCUUUGGAAUGGAAUACAAUUCUAAAAAAGUAUUCCAUAACUUAGCCCCUAUGAUUGUCGCCGACAUAUAUCGCGCUUUGGGAAGAUGUCAAGUCGAGAAUCGUUUCUUUCAAGGCUGCAACCUUAUAUUACAAUGGUGGAUGAUGAUGCAUUUGGUGAAAAAUCCUAGAACGACACAACCUGAUCCCAAAACAAGGAGAAAUCUUCUAGAAUCACACGACAUGUGGUUAUUUUUACACAAGUUCAAAAAGGAAGCAUCCCACGAAUUUUGGUUAAAGACUCUUGGAGAAUUAAGAAAUGGCGAUGUCCAAUGGUCCCUUAACUAUAUUCGUUCAGGAAAAUACAUCAUUCGAGGGGGCGAAUGGCCUUUUUUAGUGCUCCCGGGUUUCAGGGGAACCCGCCCCUACAAUCCUGGCAGAGUUCUUAGGCAAUUCAAGAUCAAGCAGGAGACGCCUCAAAUCGAUUCUAUACUCAGAUUCUUCACUGAAUAUGAUGAAAGUAAGCCCUCGCUCAAAGACUACAUGAUAAAUGGGUGGAGAAGGAAAAAGUGGGUAAAAGUCUUUUUCCGUAUAGGGUAUGAACCUGAAGUCAGCGACACUUACAAGGAGUGGUUAAAAAAAAGCCUCGCCGGAGCAUUGAAUCCGGGACCAAAUGUGCCCACUCGGGUUGUGGAUGUAGAAUCCGAGCAUCAAAUUCGGCUUCACAGGCUACAAAAUGAGUUCUAUAAAAGUGAAAUUGCACACCGGCAGAUGCACAUGGAAGACGCUUUGCCCAUACAUACGUUGAGGGAAGAGUUGAAAAGAGCUAGGCAAGACGCUGAUGAUGCCAGGCAAUGCCUAAUCGAUUUGGAUGAUAGCAUGGCCUCCCAACUCGACAGCAUAGGAGAAAUGACUUACGACUGCAAGGCACAAUUAUGCAGGAGUCACCUUAUCAUCAAUAGGUAUCAAAUAGCACAUGAGGUAAACAAGGCAAAGAAGGCGAAAGCAGACGAAGAAGCCUCCAGUAGCUAGCUUUUCUAUUCUCCCCUGCGUGGGAACUUAUCUUCUUUCAUGUUAUUUCCCCUUUUCCCUAAAAAUUGUAUUCCUGUUUCGUUAUCUUUUGUAGGCAUUUAUGCCCUUUUUGUGUCUAUAUGAGUUGGGGGUUAAUGAAUUGACUUUGAGGAAGCAUAUAUUUUCUUCAAAAAAUCUUUAGGCCUGAACCCUUGGCUCAAAAAGGGUCAUCCCAAUUAGGAUACGCGUUAUUUUAAUGUCUUGUGUGAUAUAACUGUUUUAUGUGCUUAUAUGCGUUUGUUGAGAUCAAAGGCAAGUUUAUCCACUAUGACCUAUGGAUGAAUUUGGCUAUGAUGCGAACAACUUUGUGUGAUUAUUUUCUGUCAAAUAUUUUGCAUUACUUAUCACAUACGGAAACUACCACAUUUGCCUUUGAGUUGUUUUACUUUGCAGAUAACAGAAAUUACUCCGUGUUGAUAAACUGGCAGAACAUCCCUACUUCACCCGAUCGAAAGUACAGAAAAUCCCAUCCUCAGACCAUCAUUCAAAAAUGACAGGAAAUGACGAAGAAAGAACACUGGCUAUCCGGGAUAAUGUGAUAGCGGAACAGAAUGAGACGACUGCGGAACUUGCAAGAAAAUUAGAAUUUCUUCAGGAGGAAAUAAAUCGCACUCGAGAAUUGGCUAACUUGGCUAUCAUCGUCAAUGCCCCUGCUCUCGGGGGACACGGGACUCCACUCCAAAUCCUUCCCCUCAGUACCCCUAUUCUCGGUGACCAACCAACUAACGUAUCAUCCGGCUUCGCUCCUCCAUUUGUCCAAAACACUAAUCGUGAAAAUAAUCCAGACUCCUACCAUCCACAAAUAGAGAAUAGAAGACUAUUUGAAUUUAUGAAGAUAGAGUUGAAAAUUAAAUUUGACACGCAAAUUUUAUUCGAUCGAAUUUGAUUAAAUUUUCGAAUGGACCCUAUGUAGUGUAAAUUUGUUUAAUCCCGUUAAUAAGUUAAUCCCGUUAAUAAAUGCUGCUUAUUGGACCCUUGAUA